UCGUUUUCAUUCUGAUUCACAAUGCCAACCAAAGAAAGAACAAAGAGGAAAAGAGAAGAAGCUGUGAAGGCUGAAGCAAGGAAGUGUCGUCGACUCGUGGAUUUCUUCGCGCCAAACAGACCCGAUGUAGAAGAUUCAGAACUUGUUUGCUAUGACAUUGACAAGUGGUUGUCAUCCAGUGGACCAGCUCCUCAAACAACUCAGAAGAAGAAAGAUGCAGGUCACAAGCUUGUCUUGGAAACAAGGUCGCCCCUGGCUAAAAUACUUUGAGGUUGCAAACGAGGAGGGUGAAACAAGCUCCAUGAUGUUUUGUUCUCUUUGCACCAAGUGGAAUAUGAAAGGACGAAAUGGAUCCAUGGUUUGGACACAAGUUGGAUGUCACAUUUUCAUAUAUUGACAUACUAUUCAAAUUACAGAUUACAGAACUGGCAGAACACUUGGCAGGCCUGGAUGUUGAUAAAACACAGCUUGAGUGGAGUCAGGUCAAGGAACUCUUUGCUGAGGAAGUUGACACCUGUUCACCAUCCAAUAUCCUGAAGACUCUGACAAGCCUCAAGCCCCAACUGGGAGACUUCUACCCAAACAUUGUGAAGCUCCUGAGUAUCCAUGCUACUGUGAUCCUUUCGACAUCAGAGGUUGAGAGAGUCUUCUCCAGGGCGAAACUCAUUGUGACAGACCAUAGGAACAGGCUGAAAGUAAAUAACUGCACCAAGCUACUUAUGGUCAGCAUGAAUGCUAAGUCUUCUACUGACAUUGACUUGAGGAAGUGUGUGGCCAAGUUCUUGGCACGAAAGAAGAGGAGAAUAUGAACGAAUAAUUUUAUGAACUUUGCAUCAAAGCAUGCCAAACAGACCCAAAUUAUGUCAUCCACAGUAAAUUAUUGAACCCUUAA